GUGGCAGGGACCGAGACCAGCGGUCGCUCUAGGGCUCUGACAGCUGCUGGGGGAGGACUGAGUUGCUCCUAGCAGGUCAUCAGUGCCUCAGCAUCUUUAUGUUGCUGUGCAUCUUUAUGUUGUGGGGUUUGGGGGGGUUUUUUUUGUUUGCUGGUUUUGGAUGGUGAUAAGCGUUUUUGUGCCCUUGAGUGAACAAUUUUAUUUAAGGUCCAGAAAUGAAGAGAAAUAGCCUGUCCUCCUUUUCCAUCUCUCUCUGGUUGCUGUUUACAGCAGUGAUGCUUCAAGCUGUAGAAUCAGCCAAAGGAAAAUAUGCUCACAUGCUGUUUAAUGAACUGUUUGAGGACUACUCAAAUGCUCUAAGACCAGUGGAAGACACAGAUCAAGUGCUGAAUGUCACCCUUCAGAUCACAUUAUCCCAAAUUAAGGACAUGGAUGAAAGGAACCAGAUUUUGUCAGCUUACUUAUGGAUUCGACAAAGCUGGUAUGAUGCAUACCUCAAAUGGGACAAAGAUAAAUAUGAUGGGUUGGAUUCUAUCAGGAUUCCAAGCAAUUUGGUUUGGAGACCAGAUAUUGUCCUAUAUAACAAGGUGGAUGAUGACUUUUCAGAACCAGUGAAUACUAAUGUUGUGUUGAGAUAUGAUGGAAAAAUCACUUGGGAUGCACCUGCUAUCACAAAGAGCUCAUGUGUAGUGGAUGUAUCUUAUUUUCCUUUUGACAGCCAGCAGUGCAACCUUACAUUUGGAUCCUGGACCUAUAAUGGUAAUCAGGUAGACAUUGUCAAUUCUCUUGAUAGUGGUGACCUCUCUGAUUUCGUAGAAGAUGUGGAAUGGGAGAUUCAUGGUAUGCCAGCAGUUAAGAACGUCAUCACUUAUGGCUGCUGCUCUGAACCUUAUCCCGAUGUGACCUUCACACUGAUUUUGAAAAGGAAAUCUUCUUUCUACAUAUUUAAUCUGUUGCUUCCUUGUAUUUUGAUCUCUUUCCUGGCCCCACUGGGAUUCUAUCUCCCUGCAGACUCCGGGGAAAAAGUGUCUCUGGGCGUUACGGUUCUUCUUGCUCUGACUGUGUUCCAGCUGAUGGUUGCAGAGAUCAUGCCUCCCUCUGAAAACGUACCUUUGAUAGGAAAGUAUUACAUAGCAACUAUGACCAUGAUCACAGCUUCUACUGCGUUGACGAUCAUUAUAAUGAAUCUCCAUCACUGUGGCUCAGAAGCAAAGCCUGUUCCACAAUGGGCUAGGGUGGUUAUUUUGGACUACAUGUCAAAAAUCUUUUUUGUUUAUGAUGUGGGUGAAAAUUGCACGAGUCCGAAAAGAGAGAAGGAAGAAGAACGUAAGUUAGAGGGGGAUGAUGGGUGUGAGAGGAGGCACAAAGUAGUAAGGAGUCACCUUUCCAAUAAUAGGAAUGAUGACUGUGAUCUCAAGGAGAAGCUCAAUGGAAAUUUGCAUAAAAGCUAUGGGGUUCAUGGUGAAAAUGUUAGGGAGACUGUUAAUUGCUGUUCCUGUUACAAAAUGCUGAUUAAAAAUAUCGAGUAUAUUGCUAAUUGUGUUCGAGACCAUAAAGCAAACCGGGCCAAAGGAAUUGAGUGGAAAAAAGUCGCAAAAGUGAUGGACAGGUUUUUCAUGUGGAUUUUCUUUAUCAUGGUGUUUUUUAUGAGUGUGCUGAUCAUUGGGAAAGCGGCUUAACUGAAGAUGAACACAUUUAUUUUGUAAAACUGAAUAUACUGGGUUAGCUUGUUUUGGUGGAGCUCUGGGACAGGGGUGCUUUUGAGAUCUUUGUCUUGCAUUCUCUAACAAUAAACAAAUUGAUUCUGUAGGCUGUGACAGCGUAUUGAGACAUUGCUAAGCUGAGGGCUUUGUUAGUGACUGUCCUUGCCUUUUAGUAUGGGAGUGCAGCCCUGAUGAGGCUGCUAGGUAAGCACUCUGUGCUCCAUAUGAUGGGUGGUGGCCAUGACUUCAGGCUGAAUGUAGUGGAGCAUUGCAGCAAUGGAGUGGACAGGCCAGUUGUCUAACUGUACUGACAGGGCUGC